UGUAAUGGGUAACCCGCUGGGAUUCAAACUGGGUACCUCUCAAAUGCAAGUAUAUGUUUCCGCUACACCACGUAGUACAGACACACGAUUAAUGUUGACUGUUGUUCUCAACGUGUCUAGGGGAACAGUAUUUACGGAGCUUCAUAAGCUGUACGUAGCCCAUGCCUGCAAGGAGUAUUUGGAGAACUGGCCUCAACUUGUCAAAUAUUGUGGAUACAGGGAGGAUAACAUUCCACAGCUUCAAGAUGUUAAUUUGUUCUUGAAACGUAAGUAAGUUACAGUUGCAUACCAAUUAUAAAA